AGGACGGAGGAGAGCGGACCGCGGCCACGGUCCAGAAGCACUAGGGUACUUGGUUUUGUUUUAAUUGUUAAGCCACAAAGACUCCAAACAUGUCUCUGGAAGACAUCUACAUGAACACCCAGGAUUUGCUUGAAAAAAAACAAUUAGAUGCUGGAGGAUUUGGAACAAUUUCUUUAUGCUUUCACAAGAAACAUGGAUAUGUAGUAUUAAAAAAAGUGUAUACAGGACCCCAGCGCGCUGAAUAUAAUGCUUCCCUCCUUGAAGAAGGCAGGAUUAUGCGCAGACUGCAGCAUGACCGUGUGGUAAAACUACUAGGUAUAAUUUUGGAAGACGGAAACUACUCACUUGUGAUGGAGUAUGUGGACCGGGGGAACAUGAUGAAAGUGCUACAGAAACUCUCACUGCCUUUGUCAGUGAAAGGGCGUUUCGUGCUGGAGAUCACAGAAGGAAUGCUUUAUCUGCAUGAGCAAGGCUGCAUACACAAAGACCUAAAACCAGAAAACAUCCUUGUGGACACAGACUUCCACAUUAAGAUUGCAGAUCUCGGUGUUGCCUCCUUUAAGAACUGGAGUCGGCUGACCCAAGAAGAGACUGUCCGACAGAAACAAAUCAAGAGCGCUUGCCAGAACAGUGCUGGGACUCUUUUCUAUAUAGCCCCAGAGCAUUUACGCUGUCUUAAUAUAAAACCUGUGGAGAAAUCAGAUGUUUACAGCUUCGGCAUAGUGAUCUGGGCAAUUUUUGCUAACAAAGAGCCAUACGAAUAUGGUAUAAAUGAAGCCCAGAUUUGCUUUGGCAUCAUGAAUGGAAGCAGACCAGACAUAAAGGAGAUCAGUGAUAAAUGUCCGGUGGAAAUUAUUGACUUAAUGAAACAAUGCUGGGAGCAAGAGUCAGAGAAACGGCCAACCUUUGCAGAAAUUAGUCAAAGAUACAAGCCAUUUUACUAUCAAAAUCUAGGAAAAAAUAUUGAAGAUGAUCUGAAGGAGUUAAAAAAAAUGUGGCCUGAGUCAAAUGAACUGCUGAAUAGGAUGCAAUCCCUUCAAAUAGAUGCUGUAGCAGAAGAUACCAGUAAUGGUCAAGUAGAUCAGCCUAGUUCUCUACACAGCUCUCAAGGUCCCACGACCAGUCAGGUUAACGAAGCCCUGUUUGCUGCCUCCCCUGAGAACCAGCCUGUUGAGAGCUGUGAGACCUCAUUUACAUCUGCUGAUAAUCUAGAAAGAAAACUUCAGCGUGAAUACAACUACCAUGUAUUCGGGAGCUGGAUGGAUAAAGCAGUUCCACCUGUAGUAUACACCCCUGAAAUGAGAGAGGAAGAAAGGAGAAGAAGAGUUUCCUACGAUCCAUUUGCAAAGCCAUCUCCUACUCCUCAACAGAGUGAACUGUAUCCAAGAGCUGAAAAAACAGGAUCAAACACUAAUCCGUAUUUUUGGCCACAGCCAGCUGCAACAACACCGAAACAGGGAAACGCAGAUAUUUUUUAUGGGCCAAACCCUAACAGUCUUGUAACGGGAAACACAGAGGGUCUGUAUGGAUUGUGUUCAGCCGGUACCUUUAGCCUAAGUAAACCUCCUGUGCCUGAAUCUGGCCCAAACCUGCAGUCACAGACCAGCGUAAACUGGUAUCCAAAGAAUGCAGACACAGAAAUGGGUAACAAGGAUUCCACUUCUUUCACAAGGGGAACUUUUACAUAUUAUCCUACUGCACCCAGAGUAACCACAGAAGAUACAAUCAAGUACAACAUAAGUAGCAGUUCUGGAAUUCAAAUUGGAUCCUACAAUCACAUGAAGAUUGAAGAGCACAAUCAACACAUCAGCACUUCUCCUGUUGCUACAGAAGCAACUUAUAGGCAUUAUGAAGCAAUGGGUAUAUUUGACAAUACUACUAUCCUGACCGAGAAACAUCUGAAUCUAGUGAGAGAAAAGUUGGCUAAACAGUGGAAGCACUGUGCUCGUAAACUGGGCUUCUGUGAUCCCGAGAUUGAUGAAAUUGAUCAUGACUAUGAACGAGAUGGACUAAAAGAAAAAGUUUACCAAAUGCUGCUUAAGUGGGUAAUGAGGGAAGGCUCCAAAGGCGCUACAGUUGGAAAGCUUGCCAAAGCCCUCUUUGGCUGCCAAAGACUGGAUCUCCUUACUAGUUUGAUGCAAAUCAAUGAGGAAUAAGUUGACUGAGAACUAUGGGAAAAUGAGGGUAUUCUUUCCUGAAGACCUUCCAAUAACAAGUAAUAAUUCUGAACAGAUUUUCUGGAGCUCUCCUUUUUGCACAGACUUUUUGGAACACAUUUUUUCUGCCAAGCAGUUUUCAGUGAAUACCUCCAGUAAAUCAAAAAGUUCAUGUCAAGAUAAUUGGUCUUCCAGAAGGUAAAAGAAAAUAAGCACCUUCUUUCUGAAUAAAAUGAUUGUCUGAAGAUAACAACAACAACAACAACAACACGCAAUACCAAUAUCAAUUCAAGGAGAAUGUGUUGUACAAAAUUUCUAGAUUCUGUUUUGAAACACGUUGGUACCCUUGUUCAGUUCUCAACAAAAGCAUGUCAUUUCAGCAAAGCUAAUAUAUCAGUAAUAAUAUGUGAAAGACUAACUCACUCCUUGAAAAACUUGGACAGAAAAUAAAAUCAACUCAGUUUUGCCAGAAGUGCCAAUACUUACAAGGGUACUAUCCCAGAUUGCUCUAAGUCUAUACGAUAUUAUUUUUUUAAUCUUUUUAUAAUGUUUAUUAAAUACAGAUAUCUAGAAUUAUGCAGAACAGCAGUGUGAAAAAAAGCAAAAAUGGUUUUUGGCUUAAAAAGUAUAAAAUUGAUAAAACACUCUUCUUUCAUAGGUUAAUAUUGCAUUAGAUUUUUACAUUGCUUGGUAGAAAAGAUUUUACAUGGUAAGUUUCUCAUCUGCUUUAUGAAAUAGUGAAAAAAAUUUAAUCGUUAUGCAAUCCAAACUAAAAACUUGGGAAUAUGAGAGCUUUGGGAAGGGGAAGGUACCUUAUUACCACAUGACAGAAGACACGUUCUCCUACUUGCUCUGGGGGCUCAGAGUGUUACUAAUUUCUGAAUCUCUUAGGCUGCAUUUAUACUAGUAAAUUAAACGUGCCUGGGAAUGUUCCGGGGUGCUGAGGUUAACUGGCAUGCUGCAGCCUGCCGCCAGGAUAGCAGAUUCUUUAAACCUCAAAAAUACUGUGCAAGGGCUAUUUCACAGCACUGAAGUUAUGUUGGGGAACACUGGAACAGCUCUGUAGCAUAGGUGAUGGCAUCCCAGCACCUGGGAAUGUUCCUUGCCACUCUGACUUGCUAGUAUUGACAUAAUCUUAGCGUGCAAGAUCUAUGAAAGAAGAAUUACUGAACUGUAAGUUUUUAUGCCCUAAGAAUGAUUAUGCCGAACUCUUCCUAUGAAAGAAGAUACCUCCUAUUUCCAUCAAAUCUACAAAUAUUUCCAGCAGAUGUUUUGGACCAGGUCAUUCUUUAUGCUGUAGAUAAAGCAGUAAGUGUUCAUUAGCUUCUUGUUAUUAUCAAAAAAGCUAAUAAUGGAAGUGUAGUUGGAAUGGAUUUCUGCUCCUUGAUACAGCAGCCACCAUUUUAGUAGAAGCAAAAUGAAACUGGAAUAAUAGCAAGCACCAACAUAUUUGUCAUCUUUAAAACUACUUAGCACAAGGCAAUAGUGGAAAUGGCCCCCAAAACGGAGACUUCAGCAGAAAUCAAUACAAAGAGUGUGUCAUCCACCCAGAUACUGGAGCGUUUAUAUAUUUAUUGUUAAUGCAUGCUAAAACCCAUACUUGCUACUGAGGCUAGCUUGGGGUGUAUCAGUAUAUACCACAGUAAUAUUUAUAUUUUGAAUUCCUCAGAAAUUAUUGCAUUGCCUUACUGUUUUGACUUAGCAGCAUGCUAAAUUUUCUAUAAACUCUUGAGCAUAAUAGACAGA